AUGGCAGAAAUCUCGGGCGUCCCUGUUACGGUUGACGCCGCGGUGGCAGGCCGCGCGGGGGUGUUUGCAUGGCUCAACAACGCCGGCAUCGUGAAGCUCAAUCUGAUCCUGGUCCUGUCGCUGAUCUCGAGCUACGCAACAGGCUUCGAUGGCUCCAUGAUGAAUGGUCUCCAGAGCCUGGACACGUGGAAGGCCUACUUUAACAACCCAGGCGCCAGUGAUCUUGCUCUUUUGAAUGCAAUCCAGAACGUGGGCCAGCUAGCUGCCCUUCCCUUCUGCGCCUGGGCCUGCGACCAUUUCGGGCGCCGGCCCGCUCUCCUGACGGGUGCAUCAGUAAUGCUGAUCGGCGUCGCCCUGCAAGGCGGCGCCCAGAACACGGGCAUGUUCAUCGCGGCGCGUGGCAUCAUCGGCUUCGGCCUAGCCCUCAACAUCACCGCGGCCCCGCUUCUCAUCAUGGAGCUAGCUUACCCCUCGCAGCGCGCCCCCAUGGUCAGCAUCUACAACAGCCUGUGGGGGCUCGGCGCGCUGGUCGCGGCAUGGACCACGUAUGGGACGUUCCGGCUGGGUGAUGACUGGGCGUGGAGGAUCCCCAGCCUGCUGCAGGCCCUGUCGAGUGUGGUCCAGCUGCUGUUGUGUUUCCUCGUCGAGGAGUCGCCCAGGUGGCUCGUCUCGAAGGAGAGGGACGAGGAGGCUGAGAAGCUGAUCGUCAAGUAUCACGCCAACGGCGAUGCGUCAGAUCCGGUCGUGGUGCUCGAGAUGGAGGAGAUUCGGACUGCUCUGCGCCUCGAGAUGGAGGCUGUGCGGUCCGCGUCGUACCUGGCCUUUUUCGAGACUUCAGGAAACCGCAAGCGGUUUUGGAUCGUGCUGUCUGUCAGCUUUUUCAGUCAGUGGUCGGGCAAUGGGUUAAUCUCGUACUACCUCACGCUUAUUCUCAACUCCGUCGGCUACACUGCAGAGUCCACGCAGACCCUCAUCAACGCUCUGCUCACGCUGUGGGGCCUCUUAUGGGGAAUAGCCUUCUCUCUCAUAGUCAACCGGUUUGGCAGACGAACGCUCUUCCUCACUUCUACUGCCGGAUUAUUGGUAUGCUAUGUCAUCUGGACCGGCCUCGAGGCAACAUAUGAGAUGUCUACCAACCUUAAUGACGGAGCUGGCGGCCCUAGCGGGAUUGCCAAGGGCGUCGUUGCCAUUAUCUUCAUAUACAACAUGGUGUUUGCUCUGGGUUGGGGAGUCCUGCAGGUUACCUAUGUUGUUGAAAUACUCCCUUUCAACCUUCGCGCCCGCGGCCUGGUCUUGUACAACCUAUUUGUUGCCCUGGCUCUGAUCUUCAACCAGUACGCGAACCCCAUCGGCGUGACAAACUCCGGCUGGAAAUUUUACAUUACGUACGACGUCUGGCUCCUGUUCGAGCUGGUCGUCGUCUACUUCCUGUUCGUCGAGACAGGCAAGCUCAGUCUUGAGGAAACUGCUGCAGUGAUCGACGGCGAAGAGAUGCAGAACAAGCUGGCUGCUGAAGUCAUCCGAAACACCGAGAAGAGCCUCGGUCUCUCAGAAGUCCAAGUGGCCGCCCAAAAGUAG